AUCUUCGGGAAGAUCAUCCGCAAGGAGAUCCCCGCCAGCAUCAUCUACGAGGACGAGCAGUGCCUUGCGUUCCAUGAUAUUUCACCCCAAGCUCCAACACAUUUCCUUGUGAUUCCUAAGAAGCCAAUUGUCAGGUUGUCUGAAGCUGAAGAUUCUGAUGAAUCUCUUCUUGGGCAUUUAAUGAUUGUUGGCAAGAAGUGUGCUGCUAACCUGGGCUUGACCAAUGGAUUCCGGAUGGUUGUGAACGAAGGGCCUGAGGGUGGGCAGUCUGUCUAUCAUGUACAUCUCCAUGUUCUGGGUGGUCGUCAGUUGGGCUGGCCUCCUGGCUAAGAUUUUUACACCACAAGAGUUAACUGCAUGCAUAUAAAUUACCACCAAAUAGAUUUAAUGUGUUGCUCAUCAAUCUAGCCACUGUUAAUGUAAUUUUUUUUAAUGUGUGUCUACAAAGGGUAAUAAAUGUUCUGAACAACAGUCGCACAAUAAAGAUUUAGCAUGUGGGAAUCA